AUGAAAGCUACAAGAGUUAACGCAGAUAUGAACCUACAAGAGAUCAUUGAAAACACAGGUUCUACCACUCAAGAAUAUCUUAAUAAAAAUGGAGGCAAGAGGAGCAAGCCUAACCAUACGAUUAAAUAACUUAAUUAAGCAGAAUAAUAUUCAGCUUUCCAAGGUAGUCAAUAAUCAAACGACUAAUAAAAUGAGCAAAUAAGAAAAACUCUUGGAUUAGAAGCAUACUUGAUUCUGAAGAUAAAAGAGUCAGACCAGGAACUGCAGCUGCAUCUUCUGGAGUCAGUCGCUUAAGCAAGAAAUAUUAUGAAAUGACUAAAGAGACAUUAAAGCAGAAAGUGCAUAAGAAGUAUUUUCAGAAUUUCAGUUCAUCUCCAAAGAGAAGUCUUGUCAAGAAGAAAAGAAAUAGAACUGAGGCUAAAUUUUGUCCUUAUACAACAAAGGAUUCAAAUCAAAUGGGUAAUGCCUCAGCUUUGUUAGAGAGAUCUUCUGCUGAGAUUACAGAAACUAGGGAUAAAACCUAACUCUCAAAAAGUGCAUUCUUCAGGUGCU